AUGGUAGUCGGCAUUCAACCAGAUCCUCCAUUUUACGCAUUGACGGGAGACGAUCAAGCUGCGCUGGUCGUUGUCGCCUCGCUCAUCUUCCUCAUUUACGCCAUCGUCGGAAUAUCUUUGAAGCUUAUAAUUCGUCUCAACAUCACCUCUUUGAAGAGUCACGAUGUAAUACUAUUAGCCGCGACCGGAUUACUUCUCUCCCAGACGGUCUGCAUCAUCAUUGCUUGCAACCAUGGACUAGGCCAUCAUCAAGAUGUAGUGGAGCUUUAUGAUCUCGAGGCAUUUCACGAGCUCUUCUACGUUUCCUCUUUACUUGCGAUUGCGAUUGCCGCUAGCACGAAAAUUUCACUAUGCCUCCUCAUCCACUCCAUCAAUAAUCACGGACGACUGAAUCUUGCGAACAAGGUACUCUUCGGUGCCAUCGUUUCUUGGGGCAUCUCGGGAAUAAUGACGACGACCUUUCAAUGCUCCCUACCGCAGCCGUGGCUUGCCACUGCUGGUGAGAAGUGCCCAGGCCGAGAGGGUAUUUUCCUCUACAACGGCGUGAUGGACAUCCUUACGGACGUUUGUUUAUGUCUGCUACCCGUCGCUAUGAUGUGGAAAGUGCAGACUACCAUUCCCAUAAUCACAAUUCCGAGACUAAUUUACACACAUGCCAUGGUUACAGACUAUGCUGACGCGACAUGGCACGCUGUACAUCACUUUACCUGGUUGCAAGUCUCACUAGGCAUGUCAAUACUCACAGCAUGCAUCCCAAGUCUGAAGGGGGUCAUCGACAGCCUCCUCGGGUCUACCUCCGUGGCAGCCAUCCAGGCACCUUACCAUUUGGCCUCGUCAGGCAGAGACGGCAGUAGGCUUCAACCAACGAGUUUGCCGAUCGGCAGCGGGUCCAACACGAGACCGGGGUCUCACCUGGCGAGCGGCGCAGGAGAUUCGAGGAUCGCGAGGGCUGGUUUGGCUAGAGUACCCGACUGGUCGAUCGGUUGCGGGGUCCACGGUUAUGCAGAGAAAGUAGAUUUCGGUCGCAGUGAGAGUGUGAGGAAAUUGACUGAAGAUGGAGAGUUUGGGGCGUCUUCUGAUGAAAGGCGGAGAUCGAACUCACAAGAGGGGUCCAUGAAGUCUGCUGAGACUGACUUGCGAUUGUAA